AUGUCACUCGACUUGGCCGCCCUCGAGGAAGCCGACAACAGCUCGGUAUGGCUCUCCGACUUGCUAUCGGCUUCUCAGACCGGCCAGGCCAGCGAGACUGCGCAGCAAGUCGACUUGGCCGGACUACAGGCCAAGAUCAACACGCUCAUACAGCAGCUGGAGACUGCCACGAGCGAAGUUGCGCUCGAGACGGAUGUCACCAUCAAAGACAUUGCGAGAGCCACGCCACGUCUUGCAUUCGACCUACAGCUCAUGCGCGAGAAUGCUCUCCUGCUGCGCUACACGCUCGACAGGAUCCAGAGCACCAAUGCGAGCGCGACUCAGACCAAUGGCGUCACUCGUCCGCCGGUCGGACAGUCUGCAGAGCGUGACGAGCCAGUCAAGGAAGACAUUCACGCCGUCAUGGAGCGCCUUGCCUUGCUUGAUCUCGUCAAGACGAGGAUGGAAGCCACACGCGUCGUACUCCGCGAAGCUGAGUCUUGGUCCACCUUGGAGGCAGAGAUCACUUCGCUGCUCGCCCUCUCAGAGUUUGUCAAAGCUGCAGAACGUCUCUCAGAAGCCUCAAAGUCGCUCGUCGUCUUUCGCGAGACGCCAGAAUACGAGCAACGACAUGCACUCAUGACCUCGCUGCAGAAUCAGCUAGAGGCCUCUCUGUCGGCGAGCCUGAUCGCUGCCAUCACCGACAAAGAUGUCAAGCGCUGCCGGGACUUCUACGCUAUCUUCAGUCAGAUACAACGCGAGGUUGAGUUUCGAAACUACUACUUUGCUUCAAGGCGAACCAGUAUCCUCGCUACCUGGUCAUCUGCCAGCCUGGUCGAGCAGUCUAGCUCUGCAGCUACUCAGGACCACCAGCCAGUGGCCUUCACUGCCUUCUUCGAGUCAUACUGUGCCGAUUUACUGGCAUUGCUCGAGGAAGAGCGCAUCACCAUUGCCGCUAUCUUCCCGGAUCCUGCCGAUACAUUAGCGAGCUUCUUGCAGAGCUUGAUCGAGUCGCAAUCACCCACUUUCGGUCAGAGACUCGCAGCCGUGUCCGAGUAUCAUGCCGCUCGAGCCUUACCCGAACUGAUCAAUGCUUACCAUGCUACCGAAGCUUUCUGCGUCCAGGUCGAUCGGGUCAUGACAAAGCAAUCCGGAACGCACAACGCCACUGCGACCGAAGAGCCCGUCAAUGUCGAUCCCGCAUCUGCUCGCAGGGACAGACGAGCCUCGGUCAAGCGUCUCUCCUUUUCGCGACGAUCAAGCUCGAAAUCGGAUAUUUCAGGUGCGGUCGUGCCUGCUGCAUCAGUAGUCAUCAGAGGAUGGGAAGCAGCUCUACUCGAACCCUUUUUGGACCUUCAGAGCAACUACAGCGAAUUCGAGCGGAUGUUCUUACUUGCCGAGCUUUCCCAACGGACAUCAGCAUCCGCUUUCCAGGCCAGUCUUUCUGCCUUAUCGGAGAUCGCAGACGCUCGGGCUGCCAGGAUGCUGAUCGAGCAUGGGCAAUCCGCCUUUGCGAUGGCAGAAGACGGACUCAGGCGAGUCAUCGACUUUACGCAUGGUUACGCCAUGGUCGGCUACGUGGCAGCAGUCGAUUCCGUGCUCAGCGACUUCUACACGAACCGUGCUAGCAUCGUCAUUGCUAGCCGGGAACAACAGCGAAAGAAACGAGCAGAUGCUGAUCGUCGUCGAGUGACACAAGGCUCAGCUGGUGGGCGCCCCGAACUCGAUGGUUUAGACUACUCGCCAGACGACUGGGCGACGUUCCAGCUCGGUAUAAGACUGCUCGGAAGCUGCAGACAGCUUGCCCAACGCGCAUCCAGCUUUGAGACCAAUGCCAGGAAUCGCAUCAGCAUGCUCAACAGGGGUACAAAUGCGCGAGAGGAUGUUCGCGAGGCAGCUUUGGGGACAACGCCGAGCGCAAUCAUGAUGCUAAGACAGUCCACGCUCAAUUCGGUCGAAUUCGCAGAGCUGCUCAAGUCUGUCGAAGCUGCCUCACGUGAUGGUCAUGGGCACAUCCUUUGCUCGGAUGCAAAAGCGAAAUCGAGCGAGCUUGCUCAAGCUUGUCAAGCGCUUCUGCAUGAUGUUAUCUUGGGACCAUUAUUAUCCGCUCUAGCAUCAUAUGCCGAUUUGCACGUCUGGACUCAGCAAGGGCAUCCCGAACAGCAAAGCAAAGCGAUGGUCGUACAGAUCCCCACCUUCUCAGUAUCGCCCACGGAAACGAUCUCACGCCUGGGCGAGGGUCUCUUCAACCUCCCCCGCUUGUUCGAAGUCUAUGCCGAUGACAGCGCGCUGGGCUUCUCGAUCGAGACCCUCCCCUUUGUGGACCCAAAAGCGCUACACCAGCCUUCGCCGCCCGCAAUCUUGCGAGCGCGACCGAACCAGUCACCCGAAGGGCAUGAGAAUGGGCACGCCUCUUCACCCUCGGCUUCGUACUUCACUCGAUCGAAAGAAGACGCGCCUUUGACGCUCAAUUCGGAAGAUGUCAUCUCCCUGUGGCUGACGUCGCUCGCACUGUCCGUGCUAGAUUACCUCACGAUGGGUGUCCUGCCGGGCAUUCGCGAGCUUAGUGCAGCCGGAGCCAGUCAGCUCGCUGGAGAUCUGUCCUACAUUGCCAAUGUCGCGCACGCUCUUGAUGCUCAAAACGCCGGGUUGGAAGAUUGGCGCCGGAUGCUAGAAGCGAAUGAGGCUCAGGUCAAGCAGCAAGCGGCCCUCCGCGACAGUGUUGCUAUGCAUGUUCAGCGAAUGCGAGGCUGGCACGAUAGUCAACGGAAGUAA